GAUCCUAGGUGCACCAUCCUCUUAGCCAAAUACAGGGAACCACAGGCCUCAGGAACCAGGCAGAGAUAGGGGAGACCCAGGGAAGGGAGUAGAAAUGGGGUCUUCUCCCAGUGCUGCCACUAGAAAAGGCUGACAGGAAUCCAGGGCAAUCCCGGAUUGAGAAUGACAGGUCAGCCCCUAGGAAAAGCAGAUAGGUGGAGGCGAGGUGACACCUUGCCACAGAAGCCCUGGUAGAGAAGAUGGGGUGGGCACUGUGAAGUGGAUGCUGAGCUGGGGGCAGGGAGGAAUGGCAGAAAAGCCAAAAUCCAAGCCUGAGCCAGGCUAUCUAUGCAAGAGGCCAAGCAGAGCAUCCUUUGCUGCAGAGAGCAGCUUCCACAUGGGCCCCGAUGGUGUGCCUGAGCUCUGCACAGCUGCCAGCUAUCAGAGACCUUUGACACCUAAGGCCUCAGUUCAGCUAACCUCUGGGGUGACAGAUCUUGGUGGUGCUCUUAGGGGUAUCAGGAACAGCCCUGGCAGCCCUCUAGCACAGCCCCUUCAGUCAUAGUCCACCGGCAACAGUGUGGACAGCGGGGUUACUCAUUUCUACAGUAAAGGCAGGGGCAGCUUCAGACCCUCACUCUCUGUCUCUGAGGGGCGAGUGUGCGCACGAGGGUUUCUGCCUUUGUCCUUCCCUCCAGGUCUCUGUGAGCACAGGAUUCCAAGUGUGGGGACUUCUUCCAUGGUGUGUGUGUGUGUGUGUGUGUGUGUGUGUGUGUGUGUGUGUGUGUGUGUGUUGCUUGCACACUCCAUUUUCCUCUGGGUUGAUUUGGACUCCUCUCUGCUUCUGGAUAGCAGAAUAUUCCCCAGCUCUAGCAGAGUGGUUUGUGGGUCUUGUUCUCCCUGAGUCUGUGGCUUGGGGUCUCUGUGUGGGCUCAGUGGGAAUGUGUAUCCCUUUCCAUCUCUCGAGUGACUUUUCCCUCCGUGUGUGUGUUUCUGUGCAACAAACCCUUGUGUGUGUGUGUGUGUGUGUGUGUGUGUGUGUGUGUGUGUAUGGAAAGCCAUUCUUCUCUCUGGACUCCCUUUGAGUGUCUCCCAACAGCCUCCCGCAGAGCUUCUCUUUGGCUUUCCUCUUCUUCUGUGUGUAUUUGAAUAAUCAGGAGGCGGAGGACCAGAAGGAAUCAGAGAAGGCCCAGGGCAAAGCAGGCAGGUCAAAAGGGGAAGAGGAACCCGCAAAGUGCAGGCAGAAGAUGUUCCAAAGGAGGGAGGUCGAGACUGGUCAUGGUCCUGGGAGAGGAACAGGGAGGAGAGCUGCCUGAACCAGAGGGAAGCUUACUCGGCUACUACCAGCUGCCACUGGAGCCGAGAGUUCCUGUCUGCGCGGCUGGACUCGCGAUGUGAGGCGCAUAGCAAUGGGUGAUGCAGAGGGAGGCGCGGCUGCAGCUCCCAGCUGGGGAGGGGGCGAGAAGCACCCCAGGCUCCCCCCACUGCCCAGCUGGGGUGCUCCCCGGGAGAAUUCCCCAGCCAGGGGAAAGUCAUCCGAGGCUGCAGGAUGUGAAGAGCUACAGCCAUGCCAGCAAGCUGCCUCAUGCUCUGCAAACGCAGCCAUGAAACGUGGCCACCUCCAUGCCUUCCUUUCCAUGAUGGACCUGCGAACUGUGAACCAAGCAAGUCCUCCCAUGCUUAAGCCGCUUCUUGUCAGACUCAGGAAAAGGUUAGACAGCCAGCAGAGCCAGAGGAUGGGGUGUUCUUGAGGACAACCAACAUACCAGUCUGUCCAAUAAGACUGUGCCUGGGGUCACAGGGAUCCCAGCUGCUUGAGAGGCUCCCACAGGAAAAUUGUAAGUUCAAGGCUAGGCUGGUUUACAGAAUGAAUUGAAGGACAGCCUGAGCAAUUUAGGAAGACCCUACCUCAAAAUAAGUAAAAAGAGGUCUGGGGAAUUCCUACCUAGAAUCCUCCAGUGAGGGGCUGGGGGCGUGGUUUUGUGGUAGAGCUCCUGCCUAGAAUCUCCCAGUGAGGGGCUGAGGGUGUGGCUCAGUGGUAGAGCCCCUACCUAGAAUCCCCCAGUGAGGGGCUGGGUUGUGAUUCAGUGAUAAUACAUUUACCAGGCAUACUUGCAGCCCUGGAUUCAAUCUUUAGUUCCUUAAAAAAAAAAAAAAUGGAGAACCUGUUCUAGUCUGAGAUUACAAACAUCAUCCAGGUACAGUGUAUGGCUCCUCCUGCCAUUCUAGUGUAGAGAAUCUUUAAAUUUUUUAAAAGAUUUAUUUACUUUUAAUUUAUGCAUAUGGUGUUUUGUUUGCAUGUAUAUUUGUGUACCACAUGUGUGCAGUGCCCCAUGGAAACCAGAAGAAGGUGCCAGAUCCUUUGGAAUUGGAUGUGGACGCUGGUAAUUGAACCCAGGUCUUCUAUAAAGCAGCCCGUGCUCUUAAGUGCUGAGUCAUCUCUCCAGCUUCUGAAGUAUCAACUGAAAGGCCUAGGAGAUGGUCUCUGGGCAACUGGGGUGGCAUGAACUUGGGUUUCUUUAGAAGCAUCAAUGAUCUGGUGUCACUGUUGGUGACACAAUGUGGGAUGGCACUGCAGUCACAGAAUGGUGUUCUUCCUCCCCAGAGCUUCACAUGGGAGCACUCAUAUCUGACGAGGUCACAAUGAUGAAUAAACUCUGGGCAUCACGGUCUCUUGAGAAAUGGCAGGUUUGAAUGCUUGGUCUCAAGUUGGUGGUGCUGCUGUAGGAAGCUGUACAACCUUUAGGAGGUGGGGUCUAGCUGAAGGGAGGGGGACCACCAGGGGGUGGGACUUAAAGCUUUGCCCCACUUCCUGCCUCAUCUCUACUUUCUAAUCUAUCAAGAUGUGCAGGGUCCAGGCUCCUGCGACCUCCACCAUGGAACCACCUGCUGCUGUGUCUUCCCUCCAUGACAGGCUGUGCCUCUUCAAAUCAUAAAUCACAGUACAGCCUUCCUGGUGUGGUAUUGAUUGGUUGAUUGAUUGAUUGCCAGGUGUUUGGUCAGAAAUGAGAAAGUCCCUGAUAGCAGGUUAUGGACACUCACCACAAUUUUUCCAACAUUGUGUGGACCUGAGUGUUUCCCAGGAGCGUGUGAGGAAGGGGGUUGAUAGGCUGCGUAAACACUGUGGGCUGCUGUCACUCACAGUGCGCCGCCCGCCCCUCCUUCCAGCCCAGCACUGUUCCUCUGCACAGCAUUUGAGACUGGCAGCUAUCACCUGUCUUUGGAAAUGGCCAUCUCCAUGCUCCCUCCCCUACAGCUCCCUCUCUGCAGAGACCCUAUUCUUGUUCAUUCCCACGACACUUCUAAAGUUCACUGCCUCUGCCCUUGUGUCCUGUUCUCUCCUCAAACACCAGCUAGGGUUCUUCCUGCCUGCUCUAGACCACCAGCAGCAGCAGGACCACUGGCACCAGCACCAGCAGAUCCAGUGGUCGCUCUUGGCUCCUCUCCUUGCUUUUUUUCGCCACCACGGGCACUUCUCUAAGUUCUCCAUCACCAGCCCCAUCACCGUGGAGGGCUGCUUAGUCUGCCUCUUCUUCCCAGCUCCUAACCCUGGGCACAGAGCUCAGGGUCCACGCUUGCUUUGCACUUCCCUCUCUCCCCCUAGUUGGUCCCACCUUACAGCGACUUCACAGGCACUUGGUGCCUCCCCAGUCCCAUCUCUGCUCAAGCUCCUUCCUUAUUUGGACACACAGAUGCUUGACAACCCUUUCCACAUCUGGUGGGCCAAGCAGAGCUUGCAUAUCCGUGCUACCAGCCCACACCUUGGCUCUAAGUCAGCCAUCCUCACACUGAAACACACCAUCAGCCAGCUGAUGAGAGAAGGGAGGAAUUCUCUUUCCUCUUGCCCAGGUCCACUCCAUCAUCCAUCCCCACAGUACUACAGACAAUAUGUAUUCAUUUCCAACAGUCCCUUCCCACCAUCACUUCUGCUACCUCAGUAUCCUAAAGCCAGCUGCAGGUCUCCUGGCUGGCCUGAUCAUGGGCACUGUCACAUCCUUCCAGGCCAGCCUCUGCAGGGUAGCUGGAGUGCACUUGAUGACAAAUAAUUGCCGUCAUGCUAUCUCUAAGGGCUGCCCACUGUAUUCACUAAAUCUAACCAUCGUUGUCCCCACCCUGGUCCGGUCCUGAUACUGCUCAACCCCAUCACCCUUCGCUCAGACUCUGGCUUCUCUUGCCAUAGGCAGCUUACACACCCCAGCACCUCUACUCCAGUUCCUUUUUGCCCAGUGCCCUCUGUGGAAUGGCUCUCACUCUCAGGCCUCAGUCUGACCACCCUCCCCCU